UCGAGUCGAGGCGCCGGCGUGUGUUACAGCGUCUCUACUGCUGGCUAUUUAUUUGGCUGUCUCGGUUAGAGGUGGCGGUGAAUGUGCUUGUACUGCUUUAAAGGAAAUAAAAUUGGUCGUUGGAGUGAAUUAUGGCUCCCCUCAAGAAAGGCGAUCUGACAGACGAGGAGACUGAAUUAUUGCAAGUCAUUUCUGAAGGAAACAUUCAGGAGGCGGGAAGGUUGCUGGGUAGUAAAAAUGUCCGUGUCAACUGUUUGGAUCAGCAUGGAAUGACUCCUUUGAUGCAUGCUGCAUAUAAAGGAAAAGCUGAGAUGUGCAAACUGCUCUUGCAGCAUGGUGCAGAUGUGAAUUGCAAUGAACACGAACAUGGUUAUACGGCUCUAAUGUUUGCUGGGCUCUCGGGUAAUAAAGAGAUAACAAGGAUGAUGUUGGAAGCUGGAGCAGAAAUUGAUGUUGUAAAUUCGGUUGGACGAACUGCAGCACAAAUGGCUGCCUUUGUGGGCCAGCAUGAUUGUGUAACUAUCAUCAACAACUUCUUUUCGCGCGAAAGUCUGGACUUCUACACAAAACAGCAAGGACUUGACAAAGAACCCAAGCUUCCAGUCAAGUUAGCAGGGCCCUUGCACAAAAUCAUAAUCAUGACAAACUUGCACCCUGUUGCGAUCGUGCUGAUGGUUAAAGAGAAUCCAUUACUAGCAGAUGUUGAAGCGCUGAGCAAGUGUUACAGGGUGCUGGACCUUAUAAUAGAAAAAUGCAUGAAACAGAGGGAAAUCAAUGAAGUCCUGGCCAUGAAGAUGCAUUACCUCAGCUACGUCUUCCAGAAGUGUAUCACGUUUUUAAAGGAACACGAAUCUAAACUUGACGGACUUAUUAAAAGUUUACUAAAAGGACGGGAUUCUGAUGGCUUCCCAACUUACCAAGAGAAAUUUAUAAGAGAAUGUAUCCGGAAAUUUCCAUGGUGUGAAGCCACAUUGUUGCAACAGCUUGUGAGAACCAUUGCUCCAGUAGAAAUUGGCAAUGAUCCCACAGCUUUAUCUGUAAUGACCCAGAUCAUAACUGGCCAAGUUGGCUUUGUGGAUGCUGAAUUUUGCACAGCUUGUGGUGAAAAGGGAGCUGAUAAAAGGUGCUCAAUUUGCAAAACGGUGAUAUACUGCAAUCAGAAUUGUCAAAAGAUGCACUGGUUCACUCACAAAAAAGUCUGUAAAAAAUUGAAAGAAACAAGAGAAAAGCAAGAGGCCAAGGAAAAGCUGAAGCAGAACGAAACAAAAGCAACCACCUCUGAAACCACUAGAGCUGAGGCUACAGGGUCCUCUAACCCUCCACUUUCCACCUCUGAUGAUGGCUCGGGUUCCAAGGACCUCAGCACAGGGGCCAAAGCAGAACUUAAAACUUCGCAGGAAGAGACCACAACAGAAGGAGAGACCAUCUCUCCUACAAAUGUGCACACAGCUGAAGAAUAAAAUGGAUCUAAUGUCGCACUUGAUGUUUUCCAGUUUCUGUAGUGUUUGAAACAUAAUCCAACAUAUAUUUAUCAACAAGGUCAUUGCCCCUACUGCAUGGCUGCAGUGAAAGACAGAAUUCUGUUCAUUGUGCAUUCAGAGAAUUAGUUGCUUUGAUUGUGUAUCCUAGCCUGUACCAAAGCAGCCUGCAAUCCUGAUAGGCAACAAUGCGGUCAGCGGGAUUUGCUGUCUACUGUAUUUAAUUAACUACAUCUGGAUGUGAAGGACCCUUCACUACUGAGAUAAAUCCAAAUGGUUUGAUCCAAAUUCUGUCCAAGCUAAUUAAAGUACAUUUGCUAUAACAUUUCAGCGUACAACAAAUUGUGAAAAGUAGUAUGAGUUUAUUACUGUGCAGUUCAGAGCAAAAUGACCUUAAUGAUCUGCACUAUAAUUGUUUUCCUGUUACUAAUAUUCAAAGUUCUGCAGUUUGCUCGUCCUAGUGUAAGUGUUAGUUAAGCAAUUUAGACCCGACGUUGGUGAUUGUUAUCAUUAGGCAUUUUUCCACAGGAAAAAUCUUUAAUAAUUUCAUAUUGAAGAAAAUCCACAAAUUUUGGAAACUGAUGUUCAAAUGCAAGUUACAAUAAAUUUACAUUUUUUUUAUUUGCUUUAUGGCCUUUUCUCUACCCUGCACUGCCCAGCCCUUAGUCAAAAGUACUUAAAAGUAAAAUGCCAUUGAUAAAAUAUCUUUACUACCUAACAUAUGUGAUACAACCGUUCAAAGGUUGUGACAAAAAUUUGAAUAUCACUGAAGUUAAACACAUUCUGUAAGUAGUUGUGAAUGUGAUAUGGUAUUUCACCGGCAGUUUCAACACUUUGUACAUUGGGUAUUUCUUCAGUUCAUUUUGCUGCAGACUCCAGUUCACCAAUGUGCCUGCUCUUGACAAAGUGUAUUCUUUAUCACUUUAUGGUCAUUUAAUUGCUUAUUGAAUUCUAAAUUUAACUGUGUUUACUAAUGUUCAGUAAGUCCCCAAACAAAGGCAAUUUCAGGUGAAAUGCAGACAUGAAUCAUCCUGAUUUUUUUUAAGAGCUUUAGUGCAAAAUAUGGAGCUUGUUAUUUUUAGGCUUUGUUGCAACAGCAACAGUAUUUAAGUAUUUGGCAAGAUUGGAGUAGGCAAUUAGUAGUGGUAGAGAAUAACACUUCGACUGUUGAUUCAUUUUAAAAAAACAGGCUUGAUUAUCUUCCUGCUGAAGAUGUUUCCAAGAUCUGCCAGAAGCCAUGUAGUAGGGAAUCCUUGUCCAUUUUGUUUUCAUUUUGUCCAAGGAGGAUAUGACUAUUGAUCACUAAAAGUGAAUUGCUUAUUAGUUGGGAACCUUUUCUUUCAGAAUCUGUUUGCCCUUAUUUCAAUGUUCAAUUUUUCCAUUAAUUAUAUGCUCGUAGAUACUCUAGAAAUAAAUAAUUUUUUGGGGGUCCUAACAUUGGUUAGAUGAUACAUUGCAGAAGGUCUCUUUCUCAUUUGACUUGCAAUGCAAGUUUGGUCUGAUUCUGCUGUUUUCCAAAUAAUAAUUCUUGCAUCAGCUGCAGUAAAAACUUGGACAGACAGCUAACUAUUGUCCUAAUAAAGCAAUGUUAACUCGUAUUUUGCUGCACAGGCCCUGCUACCUGCACUCGCUGUGCAAUAUGUAAAAGUUACUUGAACACAUCCAGAAAGCUAAUCCUUUUGACUGAGAGCAUCCUGAAACCAAACAGUGAGAUCCUAUGUUGCACCAAGUACCAGUAAUUCCAGGACACAAUCCAACAGUGAAUGAAAGAAAGAGAGGAUAACUUCAUUGUUCAAUAAACUUGGCUGGUUCCCAAUCUUUAAUUUAUUUUCUUCUCUUAUUUAUAUAAAUCUUUAUUUUCUUAGAGUACAAAACUUGAUGGGUAGCACCUUUUGAAGAAACUAUUGCAUCAACAGUUUUCCAAACCCUUGUGAGUGAAGAAGUUCUAAAAUUGCCAAUCCCUCUCAAAAUUCUUAUGCUUUAUUUAAGAUAAUCUCUCAUUGUUAAUUCAGAAGAUUAUGGAGCUACUCAAUCUCUCCCUGUUGCAUGAACUUCUGAAAUCUAAAAACAAUUUAACUAAUACUCAUUGUAUUGUCUCUGGCAAAUGUACAAAGCCCUGCACAACAGUAGCAAGACUUGCUUAUUUUGCAUUUUAACUGGCCUUGCAAUAAAAGGUUUUUUGAUUUGUUUACCUACAUAUUUACAGUACCUACUGAGUUGUUCAUACAAGGACACCAAAGUCCCUCAAGCCUUCCAACAUUUAUUAAUUUCUCAACAGUUAAAGAGUGUAUUGUCAUCCACGUUAAACCCCAUUCAUCAAUUUCAUUCCUAGUUAACCAAGUGCUUCAUUAAAAUUUGCUUUUCCAUUUAAGUUCCCUACUAUUUUACACAUAACUGCUUGUUGAAGCAUUCCAUUAUACCUGUGUUCAUUAUAAAGGAAAGCAAAUGGAAUGCAUUUGUGAUUGUGCCUUUGAGAAAUGUACCAAUGAUGUAAUUUAUUUUCCAUGUCUCCAGAAAUCAGAAACUUGACUAAAAUUUUCAAUUUUAGUUCUUCCUUUGAAAAAUGUUGGUGUUACUAUAGGAUCGACUUCGAGGUUUUUUUGUGGUGGGUGGUUAAACAAAAUGAAGGCUGAGAACCUUUCUGAUUCUAUGUUAUGACUUGAUCCUGGACUUUAAUCUUUUGUAGCCUUGUUAUGGUUCAAGAUUACUCAUUAGGAUUGGCUGUUUCAAGCAUUUGUAUGAACUUUGUGCACUUGUGCAUUAUCACUAUUUCAUGUGCAGCAAUAAUUGUGGAGUAUUUGAUAUGCUGUGUGUGUUUCAUAUUUUAUAAUAAAAUCUGAUUUCAACUAUG